AUGCUUACAACCAUUACAAAAGACAGACUGAACACAAUCACCAACAAGCUGAUCGAGAAUCUGGCCUUCACAGACAUAUUCAUGGCAUCUCUUCACAUGCCCUUCUGGCUCAUCAGUCUCCGCUAUGGACGCUGGGUAUUUGGCCACGUUCUUUGCCAGUUAGUAGGUUUAACGCAGUUGAUAUUCGGCAUCUCGUCGCUGUUCACCAUGACAGGAAUCGCCUUCAACCGCUACUUUAACAUAGUCAGGCGAAACCUGUACCUGAAAUAUUUCUCCACUAAGAAGACCACUUACUUCAUGAUCCUCUUUGCAUGGGUGGGUCCCACAAUCGCCACCACACCACAGCUCUACGGCUGGGGCAAGAUCGCCUACCAUGAUCUCUUUUCUGACUGCACUUGCGUAUGGAACCUACCCGACGUCUCUUUCAUCGUAACACUUUGCGUAAUGACCAUUUUCCUCGCGGCUGCCAUAAUAACGUGGUGUUACUAUACUAUUUACAAAACCGUCAAAGCCAGCGCGCAGAGGAUGCAGGGACAUGCUGCCAAGAACAACGUGCGAAGUAAUGCGUCUACCAAAACAAGCGAAAAAACAGAGACAAAAGUCCUCAAGACCUCGUUUGUAGUCGUGUGUGUUUACAUGACGUGUUGGACGCCUCUUUCUGUCAUGGGUUUUAUCGAAGUGUUCGGAGGAGAGAGUCCACGCGGGGCCCACCUAUUUGCUUACUACUUCGUAUUCUGCAGCAGCCUCACCAACCCCUUCAUAUACGGUAUCAUGAACCCGCAGUUCCAGCAAACCUUCAGAAAGAUGCUUCGUAUACGAGUCAACGAUGCGCAACCUGUCUCCAGCCGUGUAAACGACAACGGAACGAGAAGCAGCCCGUUGGAUGGCCACCCAAUUGAAGAUAUACCAAGCAUAUCCAUACAGACGGUUCCAGUGUUUCGAAUCCAAAACCAAGUUGAGACGACCUCGAGCCCCAAUGCCACUGACAAAACCGACGCGUUGGUGAAUAGUUUGCCUGAAGAUGAAGAUAGCUCUAACGCACCUGCAAAGCCCUUGAUAUUGAAACGGGGCCAAGCUUGGAAAUGAUGAAUAAACCGCUCCAUAUAUAGGAUAAAUUUUUGGGUUUUUUGGAAUACUUUACUUUAUUUAAUCUCUUACAUCAAUUUUGAUACCAUAUAAACUUUUUUUUAUUUCUUUUAGUGACAAGCUUUAAAAAAGUGUCGAGGAGUCUGUGACGAGCAGAAAUGCAUGAAUCAAUAGACCCGCUUCAAAGGCCAUUAUAGUAUCUUAAUGUUGAAUGCUUGUUUCACAUCUACUUGGUAUUUGACAACUUAUGGAACCGAGAUUAUUCUUACCUGCCAUCCUUUUCUUCUGCUCGCCCACCUUCACUAGCAAGGUAUCAACUCAUUCUUCGGGUUCUUCGCUCUCCAUCAUUCACAUCGCGAUAUUGCUAGAAGUUUCUGAGGAGGCGCGCUUUUCCCGCUGUUUUUCAUGUCUCGCAGGUUGUUAGAACUAGGUGGUGAGCAAAUCAAUUAUUUCCCAAAGCCGAAGACAAAUCACGAUAUUUAGCGAUAACCGACUUCAAUAAUUGUUUAUCAUUUGAUUACCACGUUUAUUUUUUCUUGUUUUAAUCACUCUCUGACAGCUCAGCGAAGCGAUCUGCCAUUUUUCACACAGUUAUGCGUUGGGAGACUAUUAUUUCUGAGCAGUUAUUUACAGGUCACGUGGUGAGCGCUCCGCCGAUGAAAAGAAAGAAAUGAAUCGACUGAUAAUUGUUCUUUCAUGCAGAAAAUGUUACUAAGUUAAAUUUAUUGAGAUCUUGUAAUUUCACCUAGCUAAUUGUUUAUUUUUGCUGGAAUAACCCCAAUGUUACAACAAGCAAAGUGAAUCAUUAACUGGCUACACACCUAAGUUCUGACUGCCACAUAUGAUAUAGUUGGAUCACUAUAUUAUACUUGAGCGUAAACACUUACAAAAAUCGUAAAGAAGGCUUUAUUAUCUUACCAUUGAACCUAGUGUAUUGUAUUUAGGAAAACGUCAUUUUAUGUCUGCAUGUCUAAAGCAGACGCGAAAGUGCGUUUUUGGAAGAAUUUGGAAAUCCUCUUCAAAGUAUGGCUCUUUCCAUUCAACCAAACAUAGCGGAGCUGCAAAUGGCACGGUAUAAUUUCCUGGGAAAAUUUCCUAAUAACCGAACAAUUUUAGAAAGAAUCAGCAGUUUCCUCUAUGGAACUGCCGACGUUAAAAAUUUACAAUGCCUUUGAAUGAGACUAAACAGAAAUGAAUUGGGGUGGUUCGCAUUAUUUGAAAAAGAAACCGUCAAUAAAAAUAUCAAACUUCAUAGUAUUUACAGUAUGGUAGCAUCAAGAUGCUUUUGUGCGCUGCAAAAAUCUAGUUGGACAAAAGGACGACAUUUCACAGUCCUUGCUCAUACAUGACUCAACUGUAAGCAGCUGAAAAACAUUGUUCCCUUGCAAUACCCUGAAGGACAAUUUCCUACCCGGCUUCUCUUUUGAUCGUCUAGAUUCUUGGAGUAAAAUUUUCACUAAUUCAACUAGACGUUGUUUUCCUUUCCGACAAUUUCCAGUGGAUUAUCUCUUUCCAAACAUAGUUACGGCAUAUACAGACCGAAAAAGAUUUUAACAAAGAAAAUUUCAGCGGGAGUAAGAUUUUGACCGGAAGUGGUAUUCAUGUGUUUCUUUCUGGAGGGUUUCACUGAAAAUGCUCCCCGUAAGCCAGUUUCGAACUUCUUGAAGCUUUUAAGUUGCUGUGAUCGAACUGAGAUCGCUGAACCUGCGAUACCUUCGGAAAGGAAGCCAGAAUUAAAUUACGAAAAGAACCUUAGUCCAAGAAUCUAGACUAUCAAAUAAUGUCUCCAGACCCAUUCUUUCCUCGUAUUGAGGCUCCGAAGGCUAAGAAGUACAAGCAUCUCAGAGGAUGAUAACGUUGUUUUCUCAGGCAAUCCCAUUAGGACUUGGGAGAGAAACAUGGCGCCUCC